UUUGAUAGUACGCAUGAUCCAAAGCUCGCUGGCGUCCCUGUUCCCCUGUUCGGUGUUCGCAAAAGGAAGAAGUUCUUCCAUUUUUGUUCUGCUCAGGUGUUGUGUUGUUUUGACUGUACUGCCGGUGUUCAUCUUUGGUUUUAAUUGUAUAUUUGAUAAACAAAAUGUCUGAAGAAGUAUCAGCUGAUCAAGUACAAUCAAAUGCUGGCGGUCCAUCAGGUCCAAAGCAGGGUGGUCCACCUGGUGGCAGAGGUGGCGGCUUCAGAGGCCGUGGGGGUUUUGGUGGAGGAAGAGGUGGACCUAGAGGAGCACCAGGUCGUGGAGGUUUCAUGAGGGGACGUGGAGGCCCUGGCGGACCUCGUGGAGGAGGUAUGAUGAGAGGAGCAGGCGGUAGAGGUGGUGGUGGCUUCAGAGGUCGUGGUGGUCCCGGAGGCGGUCGGUUUCCCCCAGGAGGUCCUGGAGCUAUAUCAGAAGGUGGACCAGGUGGAGAUAACAAUGGCCAAGGGGGAUAUGGAGGUAUGAGAGGAGGUCCACGAGGUGGAAGUGGUUUCCGUGGUGGUCGUGGUGGCCCUAGUGGUGGAAGUAGGGGAGGUCCCGGUGGUGGACGUGGAGGACCUGGAGGGCCACGAGGUGGACCAGGAGGGUUCCGUGGAGGUAGAGGUGGACCAGGUCUUGGUAGCCGUGGAGGACUUGGUGGUGGACCAAGAGGGGGUGGUAGAGGAGGAAUGGGAAUGAAUGAUAAGAGAGGACCACCUGGAGGUGGCAUGGGCGGAGGUCCCGGUAUCAAAAGGCCCAGAUAUGACAAUGGUCAAACACAGAAUGGAUCUGGUGGUGGAUACCAGCAAGGAUACCAAGCACCACAAAGUGGCAGUGGGUAUGGAUCCCAACAGAGUGGAGGGUACCAACAACAGUCAUACCAACAACCACAAUACGGAAAUAGCCAGCAAAGUGGUGGUUAUGGUAGUACAGGUGGUGGAUACGGGGCACAAAAUUCAUACGAUCAAUCAGGUUAUGCCACUGCUUCUUACCAGCAAGGUGGCGCCAGUGGUUAUGGUCAAGAUAACUCAGGAUAUGCUUCUGGAGGCUAUGGAACAGCGCCGGUCGCCGAUUACGGACAGUCCGGAGGGUACAACACCGGUGGUUACAACAGUCAGCAAGGUUACGAUGACAGAAGUCAAGGUUAUGCUUCCACAGGCUAUGGUUCAGCAAACCAGGGUAGACGGUUCUAAAAUAUUUAAGUCGUUAAUCCCAAAACACAGGGUUUUAUUGCAAUAUUUGCAAUUUUAAACAUGAACAAGAAUGGACGAAAUUUAAUUGAUAACUUGGAUAAUUUUCCUUUUUCUUUUAUUUAUAGUCUAUGUGUAGAAAUAAGUGACAAGAUGUGAAAGGACAAAUUUUUCAAGAACAGAUCUGAAAUCGUUCGGAUGGUGCACAUUCUCGAUCAGUAUUUAUUUUACUUCUGAAAUGAGCCCACAUAAUUAUCGUCUAAAUAAGAUUUUCAAUGUGUACAUAAUUUACGUUAAAAGAAUAAAUUUUCCUUUUGUUGUGAUACAAAUCUUAUUUUAUAGAAGUAGUUAUUUGAUUUAAUGUAUACAAGUAUUAUUUAAACUGUAGAACUUUCAUUUCUGCAAAUCGAAAUAUGAAUCAGACCUGAAAAUUAUCCAGCACCAUUGUAUAGACAGGAUGAAAAAUAAAAUUGAUUGAUUUGAGAA